GUUUAAGAGACGGGGGGGGUAAGGCAGGCUGGGUCAGCACAAAACAAAACGCCUGCGCGUUUCCAGAAAAGCCAAGCUGCCACAGACAGAGAGAGAGAGAGGUCUUUGUCUCAUCAUUGCGAGUGUUUCUGACCCAGAGAGAGCUCAAACACUGUGGGACCAGCUUCUUGGCAGAGUGCACACUGACUUCGGUGGGAACGUGGCCCCCCCCCCUUUUUUUUCCCCGACAGUGCAGCAGAAUACUUUGCAACAAUUACCAGCGAGGAUUGUAGUUUUCUCUCGGUAUCUCAGCUGUUCUUUGUAUACAAACAGUCUGCAGCCCGGGAGUGCAGACAUACAUACACACACACACACACAUAUAUAUAAACGAGGCCUGCAGACUACUAUGGAGACAGAGAGAAGUCAGAGAGACGCCGACCAGCUCUGAUCGCUCAGGAGGAGCCAAUCUACCUGCUUUUACACCCAAAAAAAACAAUGUCCGAAACGGCAUCGGCGGAGAGAGAGGAACAGCCCCUGGAAAUGGCAGGAGAGAGGGAAGCUUUCUGUCCUGACUGCCCAGAGAUCUGCCUUGCUCCAUCCAAACCCUAAUCGGAACCUCCCUGGCGUGGCUGAGAACUGGGAGAGAGGAUUUCAGAUAAAACCAGGUCACCACAUAAAUUGCAGCAAAACAAAACCCAGAAAGAAUUGAGAGCUGAUGGAGAGUGUGGGCAAAUUCGAAUUUAACCGGCAGGAUCUGAUCGGACAUGGGGCUUUCGCUGUAGUUUUCAAAGGCCGCUACAUCGAGAAACACGAUUGGGAAGUUGCCAUUAAAUGUAUCAACAAGAAAAACCUAGCAAAGUCACAAACCCUUCUGGGAAAAGAAAUUAAAAUAUUGAAGGAACUGAAACAUGACAAUAUUGUGGCUCUGUAUGACUUCCAGGAGAUGGCAAGUUCUGUCUAUCUGGUGAUGGAGUACUGUAAUGGUGGCGAUCUUGCUGACUAUCUCCAUUCAAAGGGGACCCUCAGUGAGGACACCAUCCGACUGUUCCUGCAGCAGAUAGCUGGCGCCAUGAAGAUGUUACACAGCAAGGGGGUCAUCCAUCGUGACCUGAAGCCCCAGAACAUCCUGCUAUCUUGCACAGCAGGCCGUAAAUCCAACCCCAGCAAUAUCCGGAUUAAGAUAGCUGACUUUGGCUUCGCUCGCUAUUUACAGACCAACAUGUUAGCAGCAACAUUGUGUGGAUCCCCCAUGUAUAUGGCCCCAGAAGUCAUCAUGUCCCAACAUUACGAUGCUAAGGCCGACCUGUGGAGUAUUGGAACUAUUGUAUACCAGUGCCUGACUGGCAAAGCCCCUUUCCAGGCCAACAGUCCACAGAACCUUCGGCUACUCUACGAGAAGAACAAAAACCUUGUACCAAACAUUCCGAGAGAGACUUCCAGCCACCUGCGUCACUUACUCCUGGGUCUCCUACUCCGUAACCACAAAGACCGCAUGGAAUUCAGUGAAUUUUUUCAUCACCCGUUUUUAGAUGCCAGUUCUUCCAUGAAGAAAUCUGCCCCAGUGCCUAUGCCAGUCUAUGCCAGCUCAGCCUCCACCAGCUCCUGCACCAGUUCUUCCACCUCCCACCUAGCUUCAUCUCCAUCACUAGCUGAUGUACAGCAGCUCUCUGAGAAGGCCCUCGCUUCCCCCACCCAGGAGAGCCCGGCCUUCCUUCAGGUGGAUUCAGGUGGCAGCAGCAGCAAGAAUUCCUCCUGUGACAUCGAUGACUUUGUGUUGGUGCCUUACAACACCCCAACACAGUACUCUGGUGAGCUGCUCAGCGACACGUUGGCAGGAAGGACAUUGAUUGACAGCUUGAAUUACAGCAGCGGUUCAGCGCUGACCUCAACAGGGUUAGGAAGUCACGGGAGACCUUCAUCCCCUUCUGCAUCCUGCAGCAGUUCCACAAGCCCCUCAGGCCGGCCGAGCCAGGAAUCCAUCAGCGGCUACGGAGACGCUGUCCCGAUCCCUGUGCCUACGCAGAUUCUCAAUUACCAGCGAAUCGAGCAGAACCUCCAGUCUCCAAAGCCCUGCAGCUCUCCAAGGCCUGGGAGUGUUCGAAGGCCAGGUAGUACCAGCCCCUUGGGUUUCAACAGGACAGGGCUGUCCCCUCCAUGCCCUGGAGAACAGGCAUCGAACCCGUUUCGAAGGUCAACUUCCGGAAGCUUGAAACCUUUCUCGCUAUCACCACAAGUUGGCACAAUCCCUGAGCAGCUGGAUCAGUUUGUCAGUGCCACUCCUAUUGGAUCAGAGACACGGGUCAGACACACAUUGCCAGGCCUUUUCCCGACAGAGCCACACCAGCACCGAUUGGGUUCCAGAUUGCACAGCGCUCCUAAUCUCUCAGACACACACCAAUGUCAGCACAAGAUGAGGAAACAGUACACUGAGCCAGUGGUGACCUGUAUUCCGCAAAACCAGCCCCUGCAGCCUUGCAGGCAGAUGAGAUCCUCUCCUAAACUCUCGGAAUUAAUUCAGCGAAGCCCUCUCCCGACCAUCGUGGGUUCUCCAACAAAGGUCCCACCUCUUUUUGAGUUCUCCGAGACACCUGGCUCUCCUAACCUAGUCACACUGCUCACUCACCAGGGCCUCUCACUCGCCUCAACUCGUAACAGGACAGUGCCAACCCUGAGCCCCCUCCAGAACCAGCACAUCAACGUCGGAUUGAAACCUGUCGAUGAGAUGAAGGAACCAUUUGGCAGGUCACUGAGUGCCGGCAAAUUGUCUGAUCUACUACUGAAGGCAGCAUUUGGGGGACCCACUUUGGACCCUGUCAGCAGUGACAGCCUAAACACAGAGAAACCAAUGGAUAUAACAGCUGCAGGUCCUCCUAGAGGCUGCGUCUCCUCAGGGACAGGGGCAGCUUUCUCCAGCAGCCCAGCCCCUGUGGUUUUCACUGUUGGGUCUCCUCCCAGUGACACCUCACCGUGCUCUGGCAGAACAAGAAUGUUUUCGGUCGGCUCCUCCAGUUCAAUGAGCUCGGUGGGCUCCAGCAGUAGUCGGGUUUUCCAGUGUUCGCCAGCAGGAGCCAGUACAGAGUCCCCUCCUGCAGCGUAUGAGGGACCCUUCAGUCUCCGGUGCACAUACCCUGACACCUUCGCAACGAACAUUGACGCGAUGGUGACCUUCGAAGCACCAGAACUACCAGAAGAAACACUUAUGGAGCAGGAACACACCGAAAUACUGAAAAACCUACGGUUCACCCUGGUCUUUGUCCACUGUGUGAUGGAGAUUGCUUCAGCUAAGGGUAACCCCUUCGAGAUGGCCUGCAGCUCGGUGAACUCAGCCAACCAGCUACAGGAGAGCAUGGUCGCCGAUCAGAUUAGUCUGCUCAGCAAAGAGUGGAGCUAUGCAGAGCAGUUGGUGCUCUAUAUGAAGGUGACAGAGCUCCUGGCAUCAGCUUUACACAUGAGCAAGAACCAGAUCAAGGCAGGCAAGCUGUGCCCAUCAUCGACUGUCAAACAAGUGGUGAAGAAGCUGAACAAGCACUACAAAUCCUGUGUGUCUCACUGCCGCUGUCUCACAGUCAGACUCCAACGCUUUUUCAUUCAUAAACAACGGCUCAUGGACAGAAUAAACAGCAUCACUGCAGCGAAGCUGAUUUACAGUCACACUGUACAGAUGGUGCAGUCCACAGCAUUAGAUGAGAUGUUCCAGCAGGGAGAGGACUGUAUCCAGCGCUACCACAAGGCACUGCUGCUAAUGGAGGGUCUCUCCCAGAUAAUCACUGAGCAGGAAGAUGUGGACAACAUCAGCAAGUGUAAACAGAGCAUCGAACGCAGACUGUCUGCAUUGCAACCAGGACUGUGCGCAUGAUGCUACAAGCUUUAGCACUUUCCCUUGCCUUGGGUCUUGUAGUGUCUAGGCUAUCCCAGAUACCGGAUCGGGAGAAUCCCAGGCAUCGCUGGAAGCAGCCUGGAGUUUCAUUGUGGAACCCUGCGAACCGAGUGAUUUACUGGGGACAUGAGGUGAAUACCUCCUGCUCCCACCCCCUCAUCUCCCUCCUCUUUUUUGAACAGUGCCGUAUCACAGGAUCUCCUGCUCUGUUCCGUGGGAUUUUCGAAGAGGAUCCUGAAAAGCUCUUCAUAAGGCACACGACUGAGGAGGAAUGCAUGCCAUGGGAAUCCUCUCUGACAUUGCAUUUGGGCUUAAAUGAAGACUCUUCAGACUGAACCCUGUUGCCUGGUUGUUAAAAAGUAAACAGAAAGCAGUAGUUGAUUGCUAAAGAAGAAGAUUAAACACUUGCCCUGCAAAACAUCAGUGAGAAAUUUGCAGGCUGACUAAGCUGUUUGAACUUAUUUGUUUUACAUUGAAUGCUGCCUUGAAGCACUUUCCUCACUUUUUUGUCUGAAGUGUUAAUUGCGUGCGCACACACAGUCACACACACAAACACAGUCUCACACAUACAGUCAUACACACACACAAACACAGUCUCACACAUACAGUCACACACACAUACAAACACAGUCUCUCACACACAGUCACACACAUACACAAACACAGUCUCACACACACAAACACAGUCACACACACAGUCUCUCACACACACACAAACACAGUCACACACACACACAGUGUCACUCACACAGUGAAACACACAGUCUCUCACACACAGACAGUCUCAUACAUACACACAGUCUCUCACAGACACAAUCUCACACAGACACACACAGUCUCUCACAGACACAGUCUCUCCCACACAGUCUCACACAGACACACAGUCUCUCACACACACAGUCUCUCACAGACACAGUCUCACACAGAUACACGCAGUCUCUCACACAGUCUCUCACAGACACACACAGUCUCACACAGACACACAGUCUCACACAGAGGCACAGUCUCUCACACACAGUCUCCAACACACAGUCAAACACACAGACACAGUCUCACUCACACACAGUGAAACAGACACACAGUCACUCUCACACACACAGUCUCACAUGCAGACAUACAGUCUCACACACACACAGUCUCACAUGAAUAAUACCACCUCCCCACCUGCCCCCCCCCCCCCCCCACACUAGCCUGUAAGGUAGAGGUGCACUUUAUAUUAGCGUUACCUGUACAUGGUUACGAACUUGAACCACGCAGUGGCCCAGGUAAUGUUAGCACAGAAGGAUGGAAUGCAAAGUGAAGAUCCAGUAGCCCUGUCUCCUUUCUCCCAGCCCUUUGGCCUUCCAUGGACCCUGUCUGUUCAUGUGUUGCACUAUCUGAGAAUCUCAGCACAUCGUAGGUACCGCACAGUAUGAGCUGAGAGAGAGAGUGUGUGUGUGUGUGUGUGUGUGUGUGUACGUGCCCAUAUCAUUUUUCAGUUGAACUCUGCCUGGGAGACAUUUCCACAGAGACUUUCACAUACAAGCAACGACAACAAACAAUUGCACCUGUAGAUUGUUCCUGGUGGGUUUUUUGUGAGGUGAUUGAGUGUGCACCCGAGUGCAAGAUGGUGUGUGUGAAUACUUCGCUUUGUUUCCAUAAGUAAAUGAAGUUCAUGAGGAUGAGAAUGGUGAAGAGUUUGACUGGGAAAGUGUGUGUAAAUAAUCGAGUGUGUGCUGUUCCACACUGUAGCAAAUUGUCACUUGAAUGGAAAAUGAAUUCAAGGCUACUUCUGAUUGACAGAUUGUCAACCAAUGAUUUUCUUUUCUUCCUUCUAUCUUGCAUAAAUACUUGAAAAUUAGCCACUGUGUGUACACAAAAAUAUAUAUAUAUAGCAAAGAUAUCAAUGCCACCAAACUUUUGACUUAACCCUGAAUUGUGUCAGAUAAAUGUUCGCAGUUACUAUUUAUUGCUUCAAGCCAGUGAGGAUUGCAAGCAACCUUGAGUGAUUUACUGUACUCGAAACAUCAACUAUUUCCAAGACAAUUGUUCUUUGGUUAUUUCUUCGCUGUUGAUGUGUAGUUUUUGUUUGACAAAUUCCCCAAGAGCUUGAUCCUCAGCUCUCGACUUGCUUUAUUCAGGUUGGAACUGUUCAGAAGUGCGUUUUGUUAUUCUGUAAUGUUAAAAAUGCUGGAAACAUUUUCUUUUAUGUCUCUAUUUCUGUGUGUGCCGUAACCUUUUUUUUGUCUUGGACUUGUACAAAAACAGAACAGAAUUAAAUGAAACAGUUGGAAACAUU